ACAUCCGAGCCAAGGGGCUUUAAACACCAAAACAAACCACUGAUGCUUGUCUUCUAGGCUAACAAUUGUCCACAGUACUCCUGAAUCCGGACCACUGUUAACAUUGGCUCUCGGUUAUCAUUUUAAAAAGCCAAAGUGCGCGCACCGAGGUGUAAAUCACGCACGAAGAGUUUAUUUCUCCCCACUAUCACACGGGACGGGACGUCGUUUACGAGACUCGAUCGGUUACUGGAUCUUUCCGUUUUUCCUUUUCUCAAACUAGGAACUCCUGGGCUGUUUUAGAUCCCGAGGCAUCAAAAGCGUGUAGCAAAAACAGGAGUAUAAUACUGAAUAGCUUUAUCCAAUCAACACACCGGCUACGGAGGAGGGUGCUGCACUUGACCGAUGGAGAGACGGCAUCAAGAUGGAUAAGAUUGACCUCCACAUGGACAUGAGUUACAAGAGAGCCUGCAUCGAUCUGAAGAAGGCCACCCAGUGCAUCACCCACGUCCUACAGCAUGAGGUCGGUCGGAACCAGGAGCUCUGCAUGUUGAUUCGUCGUCUGGAGGAGAAGGAGGCGGAGACUGGGCGGAGCCUAACAGAGCAGGUGGAGUCAAACCAGCAGCUGAAGCUGAAGAUCGAUGAACUGUAUAAACACCUGGGAGAGAAGGACCACUCAUUGACACAGGCCAACAAGAUAGUGACUUUCCUCAAACUUGAACUGCGGGAGCUGCAGCAACAGUUCCAGACUCAACAGAAUAAAGAUCGUAAUCGAACGGUUCAGGAAGUGGAUGAGCGACUGCAGGGUGGGGAGAUCCAGAGCCAGCUGAAAGUUGAGAGUCACCUGGAGGCCCCAGCGUCGCAGGUUAAAGAUGAAGAGGCUGAUGAUGAUAAUGGUGGUGGUGGUGGAUAUGAAGACUACAGACAGUCUGAGACAGCUGACCCCAGAGCAGAGCAGACCACCACUUCAGCUGCGGACAUCAAAAUUGAACAUAUCCAGGAAGACGAAACAAAAACAAACAUGUCUCCAGUCCUCAGCUCUGAGAUGGACUGGUUCUCCACAGACCAGUUCUCUUCCGAGCCUCUGGGCCCGUCUCCUAGCGACCCAAUGUGUCUGGCCCGCGUCUCGGACAUGGGCCCGCCUCCUAGCGACCCGAUGUCUCCUAGCGACCCGAUGUCUCCUAGCGACCCGAUGUCUCUGGUGUCGUUGCUGCUGGUGGACCGCUUGGGGAAACGGGCGCAUCUAAGGACUGUGACACGGGACGCCUCCUCCUCCUCUUCCUCUUCCUCCUCUUCCUCCUCCAUCCCCGGCUACGAGAAGGAGGACGAAUCUAACCGCUCUGUCGCACGAGGUUCUGGCCGAAGCUUUGUAUCUACAAGUCGACCAGCAGUCCACGAGCGGCUUCUCCCAGGAGGUGCGGAGGGCGGACCUAGCCGCCCUGUCGCCGGACGAAGCUUUGUAUCUACAAGUCGACCGGCAGUCCACGAGCGGCUUCUCCCAGGAGGUGCGGAGGGCGGACCUAGCCGCCCUGUCGCCGGACGAAGCUUUGUAUCUACAAGUCGACCGGCAGUCCACGAGCGGCUUCUCCCUGGAGAGACCAUCGCUCGUCCCUUCUCCCGCUCCCAGUUUGCCCCCAGGAGCUUCAGGCCCAAACUGGGUCUGGCGGCCCCCCACCACCACCACCAGCGCUUUCACACCGGAGAGAGACCAUACCCCUGCUCCUACUGCGGCAGGGGGUUCCUGUCUGCGAGCAAGCUGACGGUGCACAAGCGCAUCCACACCGGGGAGAGACCUUACUCCUGCGCGCUGUGCGGCAAGAGCUUCAACCAGAAGUUCAAUCUGACCGUGCACCAGCGAGUGCACACGGGGGAGAGACCUUACUCCUGCUCCCAGUGCGGCAAGAGCUUCAGCAGGAAGCCCGACCUGAAGGUCCACGAGCGCGUCCACUCGGGAGAGAGACCUUACUCCUGUCACAGGUGUGGGAGGAGCUUCACCAAGGCAACCAAUCUGAAGGUCCAUCUUCAGAAACAUGUGUGACGGAGACACUCCAUUGCGUUGUUGCUGUUUCAUUUACGCCUGAUUCAUGUUGUUGUUAUUUAAUUUACACCUGAUUCAUGUUGUUGUUGUUGUUGUUGUUGUUGAUAUUUUAUUUACACCAGUGGGCUGUACUACGAAACUCGAUUAGUAGAUUAGCGAGGUAUGUUGCGCUCAAAGCCAGGGUAUGCUGUGACACGAAAGUGGACUAUUACAUCUAAUUAAAAGUCACCGAUCACAUGGUUUACCUUCUAGUAGUAUAACAAGUUAUAUUCAAUGGUCAUUGAUAAUUUUUUUAUACAAAGGUGUGACAACAAACUAGGGAUGCACCGAUCCGAUAUUUGGAUCGGAUAUCGGCCCCGAUAUGAACAAAAUAGCUGGAUCGGGGAUCGGAAUAAAUGAGCCGAUCCAUGGGCCGAUCCGAAUUUAACUUAGUCUCAAAAAAAGGCUGAGCCAUGACGCGCAACCAGCCAUUUAGCGCAGCUCACUGCUGCGGGUUAGAGUGUGCCUCACCUCACUGUGUGCUCUGAGUGUCUAAAUUCAUGGAUGGGAUAAAUACAGAUACCAAAUUUAUGUCAUAGGAUCAAAAGAAUAUCUAUACUAACCACCAUUUGUCAUAGAUUAAUUACGAUCUUCAUGCGUUUUGUUGCAUUUAGGCAAUACGUUAAUGUGUAACAGUCAACAAAAUAGGCUACUCAAACUAAACACAUUGUCAUUUUCAUCUCAUCUGUAUAAACUGUUCUUGGUAUAAAGACAUGCAAAUGUUCAAAAUUGGCUGUUAAAAACGUAUCAUUUAUUAGAUAAAACGUACAACUUCUACCGUCCACCAUUCAAACUCCGUGUGAACUAAUUAGUUUAUCGUGGGGAAACUGCGGGACCGUACCACUAUGAGUAAAUAGAGGGGUUUCGCGGGUGACACCAUUUUGGCAGGGGUGUUUCAAUGUAUGUCACUAAUAUGGGAUUUAUAUCUGCAAAAUUGUUUUUUUGUUAGAUUUAUUAUUUAGUAAUAACUGUGAACUUGAAUUUGAAUGCUGUUCCAAGUUGCUGCUGGUGUACAACUGUUUAUUUUUAAUACUAGUAAUAUAAUCAAUAAUGAUGAUGAUAAUUAUAAUAAUAAUAAUAAUACAUUACCUUUAUAUCUAAGUGUUAUUUUGUUAGAUCUUUUUUAGGAAAGUAAUGUUUAGUUAGGGAAAGAAUGAAGAAUGAAGUCAAGCCUGAUGCCUUUAGUCUUUUCCACAUGGUGAGGUAUACAGUUUAUUAAUUAACAAUGGUAUCGGAUCGGUAUCGGAUAUCGACCGAUACGCAGAGCCCAGGCAUCGGUAUCGGUAUCGGGACUGAAAAAGUCGGAUCGGUGCAUCCCUACAACAAACAUAUUCGCCAAACUCUUCAGUUUAAGAAAAUUAAUAGGCUACAUUACAUUACAUUCGGCUCAUGCUUUUCAACCAAAAAUAAACCGAAAAUUAUUUCACCUAUAGGGGAACAUUCUACUGAAAUGGUCUAAUCCAGGAUAUCAACUAGGAAAAGGGCUAUUAUCUAACAAGUAUUGUAUUACAAACAAAGUGAAAGAAGUUCCCUUUGAGCUAAUUCACUAGACUUAACCUACAAAUGUGAAUAUAGCGAAGUCGCCUACACAAACAUAUGUGUUUAAUGCUCCUUUUGUAAAGAUAUGGACGAAACACUAUUGCAUGUGUUCUUUGAAUGUGAUAAGAUAAAAUGAUUUCUCACAGACCCUACAUUACUAUCUUUUUGUUCAAAGAGGUACUGGUCCUUGUUACCUUGUUGCUAAGGAUUUUUCUUUUUACUAUGAAACCACAAACUAAUGGCCACUGACGCUAUCUUGUAAAAUGCGGCAGCCUAAAUAUUUUAGAUAGCCUAGUAUUUAAGCGAAUUCCCUAAAUAUUUUAGAUAGCCUAGUAUUUAAGCGAAUUCCCUAAUUACACAAUAGCAGAUUGGACGUUACUUUUGUAUUUUGAAAUAAUAUUCACUGUGUUGGGAACUGUAAUAGCGAACAAUUCUGCAUUAUUUGCCAUCGUUAUUUGUAUACAAUUAUACUGCAUAUUUUCACUUAGCCUACGCAUUCACCGCAUUGGCUAUUAUUUGACAGCACUGUUCCCUAAUUCUUAUUUAUCGCAAUGGUACUUCUCCGCACCGUGAUCUGAAUUUUAUACUCUUCAUGACUUGUACUGGGUAAAAUAUACAGCUCUCGCUCGCGGAUUCUCCACAUCGUGAAGGCGAUUGAACUGUCGCUUAAUGCCUCUUUUAUGGGAGCGCUCAUUGAAACUAAAGCGGAAAACCCAGGUUGACAAAUUCACUCGUGAGCUUUGUGAUAUCACUCAACUCUGAUAGCGACUUUCGUAUUUGUCAAUCCAGGUUAUCCAACCAGAGCCUGGUUAUGUUCAGCGAGAUUCGUAGUAUGCCCCACUGAUUUAUGUUGUUGUUGUGCUAUAUAUAUCUGAUUUAUGACUGACGUAUGCACCUUGAUCACAAGAAUGUUCCGAUAUAAAAUAAAGUUCACCUUGACAUGAACAGUUUUAAGAACCUUUCUACAGUCCACAAUAGACAGGUAAAGGUUCCGAUAUA